AUGUACUAUACACGCGCGUUCGGUCCCAUACCCCACCUCAACUGCUCUAUGCCAAUUUCACAAAACAUUACAGCAGCCCCGGCUCAGCCCACCCCAGGUGCAGUGGUAGUUGGCCUGGGUGAAAUGGACGAUAAGGAACGAGCGGCUAUCUUAGCCGAGUUUGAGAGGAAGCGCAGGUUACGUACGCUCGCUGUACCCACAGAUGACCUGAUGGUCCGAAAGGCGUUGCGUGAGAUGGAGGAGCCCAUCACCUUGUUUGGCGAAGACAAAGGACUGAGGCGUGAGCGUCUCAAGAAAUGCACGCUUAAGAAACUCGAAGUGGAAGCAGAGGCUGCACUCAAAGCACCGAAAAAAAAGAAAGAAGAAGUAGUGGUGGAGGAGAAGAAACCCGAGGUGUGGUAUCACGAGGGACCACCUGAAUUAUUAGCUACCAGACUGUACAUAGCAAAGUAUUCAAUUCCCAG